AUGACAACAAAGUCCCUAGUCAUACACCCACCACCCACCCUUGUCACGGCUGCAAAUACCGCCCUUAGUAACCGCAUUGUGCUCAAUGACCCAACUUUGGAAUCCACAUGGUCUCAUCGUGUAUGGGUGGCAAGUGGGUGCACCACUGUGAUCAUCUCCCUAGCAAAAUCCAUAUCAGGUGCCGCCGACUCACAUAUGUGGUUAGAGCCUAUUUUCUCCGGCUUGGUUGGAUACAUACUCGCAGACCUUGGCUCUGGUGUCUACCAUUGGGGCAUCGAUAAUUACGGUGGUGCUGAAACUCCAAUGUUUGGAUCCCAAAUAGCAGCAUUCCAAGGUCACCACCAGUGGCCAUGGACAAUCACAAGGCGGCAAUUUGCCAACAACAUACAUGCCCUUGCGCGCGCCAUAACCUUCACUGUCCUUCCCAUAGAACUUAUCUUCAAUGAUCCAGUCUUGCACGGGUUCGUUGGUGUUUACUCUGGCUGCAUUAUGUUUAGCCAGCAGUUCCAUGCCUGGGCUCAUGGUACAAAGAGCAAGCUCCCUCCACUGGUGGUGGCACUGCAAGAAGCUGGUAUACUCGUAUCGCGCUCUCAGCACGCAGCACACCAUCGUCCACCUUAUAACAACAAUUACUGCAUAGUGAGUGGAGUAUGGAAUGCAUUUUUGGAUAAGCAAAAGGUUUUUGAGGCAUUGGAGAUGAUCUUGUUUUUCAAGCUUGGGUUAGACCCCGGUCCUGGAGUGAACCCAACUCCGACUGGACCGAAGAUACCCAAACAUCUUCAGACUGCAAUCCCACAAAACAACAAUGAUGAUAAUAAGAGAGCCUAG